AUGGACGAUCUAUCUUUAGUGAACUAUGAGCACCAAUUCAACAGGACAUAUGACGCAAGGCUUACUGAGCUGAAGCCGUACGUCAUGAGGUCUGCAAGGGCACUGGGUGUAGGCCCGGUACUGGAUUCGAUUCUUGAUGCCGAACAAGAGCCUGGAGACAGGAAGAGUGUGAUAGUUGGGACGCUUUUCAUAGUCAGUGACUUAAAGCCUACAAUAUUCGACAAAAUAGACAGGAAGUCCAAAGAGAUAAAGAAGAUAGAGGCAAAGACAUACUACUCCCGGGGGAUGAAGUACUUUUUGGAGGAUGGGAGCGGAAGAAUAGAGCUUGAGUUUCCGGAUAUUUCCCGGGUGUACCAAAGAAACUUUGUGAUAAGUACCGGGAUGUGCAUUGGAGUGUCCGGGGUGAUGGCAGAAAGGGGAAGAUUCCUUGCUGAGGACAUUCUGUUUCCGUUUUCCUAUCCUCGAGACCUUCCCGUUUCCAAAAGCCUGAGCUCUGGAAAAAAAAUCUGCUUCAUAAGCGGGCCUUCUAUAAGUAGCGAGAACAAAAGCAGGGAAAGAAUGAUGGUAAUAAUUGACUAUCUUCGGACGGUGGGGGUGAAAGAAUACAUCAUGAUUGGAGGCUUCUUUGAUGAAUCCAAGGAGGUUGAUAAGCAUAUGCUCUCCUCCCUGGACGACGUCCUGAGGUAUGUGGAAGGAAGGAUCGAUCUUGUUCCAAACAUAAAAGACUUUGGAUCUAGGGUCCUGCCGCUGCUGCCCAUUCAUCCGAAGCUGUUCACAUCUCCUGUGAAGACGAAUACAAAUCCGUGCCGCCUGGAAGUAGACAACAGGAAUGUGCUGAUCACAACAAGAUUUGUAAUAGAGGAUCUUCUGAAAUACCUUCCUCAAGACCUAGGCGAUGUUCAAGGAAAAAGCUUUGAAUACAAGAUGCACCUUGACAUGGAGAAGAUAGAUGGGGCCGUGCCAAGAAGCAUGAGUAAUGAGGGCAAUAUCGUAAGUGCAUUGGCCGUUCUAAUGAAGGCCGGACAUAUCUGCCCAACAGCCCCAGACACCAUCCAAUCUGUGCCGUUUUCGGGCAGAGAUCCAUUUGUUGUGACAGAGCAAGUAGAUUAUUUUUGUGUAGGCGAUACAGACGAAUUUCUCGAGGGCCGGUCUGAGGACGGCACAACACUGUUUUUCACGAUUCCCCGGUUUACCAAGAGGCAUGAGGUGGUUGUCCUCGACAUGGAGACAGGGAUGUUAGAGGUUGUGAGGUUUGAUGACAAAGAUUUCGAUUAA